AUGGCCAAAUCCGGUAAUCUACAAGAUUCCUGGCUUCAAGAUCUUACAACACAAAGAUGCCACUUUGCAGCUUCAGAAACAGGAUGGACGAAUAAAGAUUGGGGUAAAAAUCCUAGCAAAGACUUCAAAAAGCUAAGCAAUACAGUCAUGGAGCUUACUACGGAGGUUGUGCUGCUUAGAUUACGUCUUGCAAGCGCAGAAAAGGCUCUAUUACAUGAGAAAAGGCGCCAGAUUCGAAAAAAGCCAUUAUUACUGGAUUUGCCCAAUAAACAAGAAGGUGGUGCCAUUUUUUUUAGUCCUUCAAAGAUUCAGCAAGCCCGAGAACUUUUUCAACAAAAGGAGGAUCACGCCACGCAGGAAAAAGCUAGGAAAGAUGAUAAAAAGCUUCAACAACAACUUGCAAAGGAGGCUAAAGAGCAAGAAAAGCAAGAACGGGCUCAAAUCCGUCAAAAAAAGCGAGACGAACGGGAGAAACAGGCCGCUGAAAAAGAACGCCAAAAGCUUGAGCAAAAACUAGCUAAGCAAGCAGAUUUACAGCUUCAAAAAGAUGCCCUAGCUAAAGCAAAGCAGCCUACGAGUCGAACAAAUCCAAAUUCAAAGAAAUUGAAGCACAAACAACGCAGUGAAAUCGAGGACGAGGUUAUUGAUGAGGUUAUUACUACAAAUCGCAGAGGCCGCGAGAUUCGGCUCCCAACACGUUUUCGUUAG